CGGAAGGUGGAUUUGGGGUGUGUGGGUGUGUGUCUCGCUGAGGGGGAGGAUUCAGGAUGUCAGUCAAGAUGUGAUGGGACGCUGAGAGAGUAAAGUAACAAUUACUGCACGACGGGAAGAGGGAAGUUUUUCAAGAGCGAAAAUAAAAAGGUCAAAUGGCGACAAAGCUGUCCAACCUGGAGAAUGCCAUUAACACCUUGGUCACAAACUUCCAUUCUGCUUCUUCUGACAGUCAGCCUACGCUGAAGGCAGAUGAGUUUAAGAAACUCCUCUCCUCCCAGCUGCCAAAUUUGGUCAAGACGGAUAGUAUUGGAGAAGUGCUGAAGCAAAUCGGGGUGAAAGAGGGGGAAGGCAUCAGCUUCAAUGCCUUCUGGAGCUUGAUCCAGAAUUUGGCCACCACCCAGCAUGGUCUGCUGAGCAAUGAGAAGAUUUCCAAAUGCACCUGCCUUUUACAAUGAGCCGUUGGCUUCAACCACUAUUGCCAACAAGUCCUGGUCUCUCUCUAUCUCUGCAUUUACCCCACACCACUAUCCAUCAUAUUUUUACAAAACACUUCCCUAAUAAUUCCAAUAAAAUAAUGUUGCCAAAAUAAAUACACCUUGUCCAUUAUUUUGUCUGUAAAUAAGCUGUUUUUACAGUGUAUUGAGCAUUACAGCAAUCAUCUCUCUUCCAUCUGUAUCAUUUAAAUAUCAAGUAAAUCUUAUGUACACAAGUCAUCUGGUCAUGAACCUAUUGAGCGCAGCACUUUUCCAGGUUUCUUGGUUCUGGAAAGGUUUCUUUUUGUCCAUUAAUUUCUUCAAUAGGGAUUUCAUAAAUCCUUAACAAAAGCGUUCUAAACCAUAAAAACCAACCAGCUCCAUCCUGAAUUACCACUUUCUACGUUUUGUUGCAGUUUCCUGGUGAAAUGAACACUAGCGGCGCUACAACAACCGCAUAUUUUAUUCACUUUCAACAGGUACUAUGGCUUUUUAUGACUUUAUAGACACAUAUUUUUCACUCUAUUACACAAAAACGUCUACUGUAUGUCAUUAUAUCAAACUACUUUAUUCUAAUGCAUCAUUUGAAAAUGAUACACUUUAACGCUUGUAUUACAGAUCCACCUACAUUUACACACUUAUUUCAAUUUGAUUAACUUCCACGAUAGCUCGGACUUUGGACUCAGAGAACAAGCCUUAAACCCACCUCAAAUUGAAAGUGAAGCAAAAGUGCUAUAGAGGUGACAAAAUUAUUUUGAUUCAUUAAAUGUGCUUUUAAUGUUGCAUUUGCUUUUAAAACAUUAUCGGUUAGGUUUAGGUGCUGGUUUGGGGUAAGGAUGUCUUUUGUUCACCUCUCAUUUAUCUUUUUGAGCACAAUUGGUUAGGUUUUGAGUUAGGGGGGUACUUUUUACUCAUUAAAACAUCCAUCUAAUAUUCAUCUUUAAAACCUUGUAUGAUUACAACAUAAUUGCACUCGCUUUUGGCACCCCCUGCUUGACAUUUCACUGGGAAACGUCAGCCAAAUGUGUAACAAAGCACAUAAUUUUGGUUUGCAAAAAUGUUGCCAUUGUCACGUAAAUUUCAUGAGACCAGUAGUGUAGUUCUUCACCAGGAAUUCUGCUAUUAAACACACUUUUUAAAAAUAAAAUUGAAAUAACAGACUAGAUUAACAUUCAACAGAAGCAUAUACCAUUGAUUAACAUCCACUAGGUCUGUCUUUAAAGCUCUACAAAUUAUCUUUAUAAAUCAAUUCCCCUAAAUGAAUGGGAUGUUUAGUUCUAGAAACAGACUGUGUGCUCUGUUGCCCCUAGAUUAACUACUUUAUAUACAAGAAGUGAAUGGAGUGCACUUUACUUUCACUUAUAGCUGGAGUUGCAGUUUCUCACACAAGUACAUUUAACAUGAUAGUUUGAACCUGUGAAUUGCUCUGUUAGAUUUAUAUGACCUGGGUAACACUAGUGUAGCAUUUAACACUACUGGUCUAAACUACACUGUUGCCAUAUUAGUCUAAAGCAUGUGAAUCAUAAUUCAGACAAAAACUAAGAGGUUUUAUUUAUAUUUUUGUAACUCUGCUCUCUUUUUUUGUUAGCCAAAAAAAGAUUUUUUCCAGAAUUAUUGUGUAAUAAAAUUCACAUAUGUCACUGAUGAAAUCAUUUUUAUGUUUUAAAUCUGUUAUUUAGAAUCAAUAAUGGCAUUUUUAAACAGCUGAUGUUGAAACACAAACACUAUCAGCCUUAUUGUACAGAAUGAGGUCCUUAUCGACAUUCAAACUGCUAUAGAGUAUCAAGUCUUGAGAUGUUAUAUUUUAAAUCUUGUGAUUUUACUAAUGUAACUUUCUAUGUUAAAUAAAAUGCAACUUUUUUUUUCAUUCUGCAUUCUAAAGUCCCUGUAUGUGUGAAACAGAGUCAUCAACCACAGUUUCACAACUGUCUUUAAGUGUACUAUAAUUUGUACAGUUUUGUCUUGUUGAAUCAGAUGAAAAAAUACAAUGUAAAUGUAAAUUAUCAAGAUAAACCUGUGAAUUUGUGUGAUAAUUCCAGAGUGUUCAGGUUGUCUGCUGAGUUCCUUCAGGUGGAAGACCAGUUCAUAUUUAUUAGAAUUUGUAUAAGGUUAACUCCUUGUAUGCAUGAUUGGAAAUGGUCAGAGGCAACACAAGGCAAAUGAUUCCCACAGAUAUAUAGCUGAGUUUAGCAUUCAUCUGAUGUUUCUGUUGAUGGUCAUUUAUAAUGAGGGGAUUGAAAGAUGUGUCAUCUUCCAAAUUUUCUCAAUUUGAAUUAUUAUUCAGAAAUAAAAGUCCCAGAUCAAAAGCUU